AAUCAGUUCUUUCGUUUCAUAAAGCUGAAAAGUGGUUUGAUAUUAUAUUGAGUGUAUGUGUACAAUUUUGAGAAUAACCAUAAAAAUUAAGUUUUCCAAAAAAAAUGGUUACAAUAAAAAAGAUUCAACGACGCCAUUCAAACUUUCAUAUGGAAUCUGUGUCAAGAAUUUCUAGCUUACCUAUUAUUGAAUCAAGUAUAAAGAUAGCUAAUAAUGUUUAUCACAAAAUCAAGCGCUCUAAUUCCUUGAUAAAUUGGAGUCUUAAUACUGCUGAGCAUUUUUUCGUAAUUGCUACUGCAUCAGUUCAACCAGCGAUACAAAUGUUAAAUAAGCCUAUUUUUUCAAUUGAUCGUCUUCUGUGUCAAAGUAUUGACAUUGUUGAAGAACGGAUUCCAAACAUCUGUUUACCACCAGAACUUAUGUACUCGAACACGCGAGAAUUCAUGAAUAAUAAGUUUGUCAAGCCAGUACUGAAACGAGCCGGAAGUGUAAAGCAAAUAGGUAGUCAAGCUGCGAACGUAGCUGCUGAUAAAUUGGAUGAUGCUCUAACUGUUGUCGAUGGAUAUGUUGAUCGUUAUUUACCAGAGGUUCUUGUGGAUAAUACAAAUGAAAAAAAUAAAAUAGAUGCAAAGCCGAGUGCAAUAACAACAAGUAAAACAGCUCGUACAAUUCAGCAUGGUGCUAGAUUUUCUCGUAAGCUUCAGAAACGACUUACUCGUCGAACUAUAGCCGAAGUCCAAGCACUUAAAAACCAAGGAGUCCAGUGUGUACAUAUGAUCAUGGAUGUUAUGAAACUAAUCGUAACAAAUCCGAAAAUGGCAUAUAAAAAAUCUAAAGAACUGUGGGCAAUACUGAGUUUGGCAGAGCCAGAAAAUCAAGAACGUCCUCAAACUCUUGAACAACUAAUCGUUUUACUGACGCGGGAAUCAGCACGGAGAGUAGUUCAUAUAAUAAAUGCGGCAACUGCAUUAGCUACAAGGAUUCCUCGACGUACUAAAAUCAUUAUGAUGACAGUUUCACAUCAAAUAUUAUCCAUUACAGAAUCCACCUUAAAAAUGGUUUCCCAAGUUAGUAAGCGCGAAACUCCCGAAUUACAACUAUCGGCUCUUGAAUCAGCAAUAAAAAAUCUCAAUGAUACUAUGAAUAUUUUAUUGGAACGUAUUGCUGUGUUUCUUGCUGGACGUCCUACAUCGAGAAAAUUAACAACACCACAUCUACGAAGAAACCAUAAUAAUCAUAUUACAUCUACAACACAUCCUAUGAAUGGCAUCGAUUGAUAUCUUCUGCAAAAAGAAAAUAAUAUUCUAAAACCCUUCUAUUCUAAAAUAUUCUAAAAAGUAAUAAGUUAGAAUAGCUUCUUAUAGAACCUUAAAACAUCGAGAUCUGAUAAAAAUUUAAUUCAGCAAUAUAUUUUGAUCAGGAUAAAUGUAUAGAUGUUAAUUUCGAUUACAUUCAUUUUUUAUAUGAAAUUUUAAACUUAGGUAGUCAUUUCAACAGAAUACUUAAAUUUUGUGUCUAAAAAUUUAUCAUAGUCAAACCAAAAACUGAAACAAAAAUCUUACUUGUUCAGUUUUACUUCUGUUAAUUUUAUAAAAAUUUCUUUUUCUGAAUUUAA